AUGGGUCCAGUAAUUGGAAUGACUCCAGAUAAGAGAGCUGAAACCCCAGGAGCUGAAAAGGUUGCAGGAUUAAGCCAGAUUUACAAAAUGGGAAGUUUGCCUGAAGCUAUUGAUGCUGCCAGGCCAAAGGCCACUCUAGUGGACAGUGAGUCAGCAGAUGAUGAACUCACAAACUUGAACUGGCUUCAUGAAAGUACUAAUCUUCUUACCAACUUCAGCCUUGGAAAUGAGGGUCUUCCCAUUGUUAGUCCAUUGUAUGACAUAGAAGGAGAUGAUGUACCACCAUUUGGACCAUCUUGCUACCAGGACCCAGAAAAAAAAUCAGCAACUUCAAAGCCCCCUUACUCUUUUAGUCUUCUCAUUUAUAUGGCUAUUGAACAUUCUCCAAAUAAAUGUUUGCCUGUCAAAGAAAUUUAUAGCUGGAUUCUGGACCGCUUCCCAUAUUUUGCUACUGCACCAACAGGCUGGAAGAAUUCUGUUCGUCAUAAUCUGUCCCUGAAUAAAUGUUUUCAGAAAGUGGAAAGAAGCCAUGGCAAGGUUAAUGGAAAAGGUUCUUUAUGGUGUGUUGAUCCAGAAUAUAAACCCAAUCUUAUGCAGGCACUGAAGAAGCAACCUUUUUCCUCAGCAUUAACUUUUUACACUCCUCCUGCAUCUCCACAAAGUGGAUCUUUAUCACCUCAUUACUUAACUUCUGUACUAAAGCAGAAUCAAGUACGAACUGUCAAAGAAUCUGAUAUUGAUGCUGCCACUGCAAUGAUGCUUUUAAAUACUUCCAUAGAACAAGGAAUUUUAGAAUGUGAGAAACCUCUUUCUCUUACAACAGCACUGCAAAAAAAGAGAAGUUAUAGCAAUGCAUUUAACCAUCUCGGUGCUGUGCGCUUACAAGAGAGUGAUUCUUUAGCCGCCAGCAUUGAUCCCAAGGAAGAUCACAAUUACAGUGCGAGCAGCAUGGCAGCACAGCGGUGUGUGUCCAGGUCUAGUGUGUCGUCCCUGUCUUCUGUGGAUGAGGUAUAUGAAUUUAUCCCAAAGAGUAGCCAUGUGGGAAGUGAUGGCAGUGAAGGAUUUCAUAGUGAAGAAGAUACAGACGUUGAUUACGAAGAUGAUCCUCUUGGAGACAGUGGCUAUGCAUCACAGGCUUGUGCAGAUACCUCUGAAAAAGGACAGCCAGUCAAAAAGAUGCAAAAGCAGUCAUGUCAGGAAAUUGAUGAGGAGCUCAAAGAGGCAGCUGGAUCUCUGCUGCACCUUGCUGGAAUUCGUACAUGUCUGGGUUCCCUAAUAAGUACUGUUAAGACACAAAAUCAAAAGCAGCGCAAGAAAUAG